AAUAUAUUAAAAUUUAAAAUGCCAAGAAGAAGUGGAUCAUCCUCAAGAUCAACAGCAAGUCCAUCUAGAAGUACAGCUACAGCUGCUAGACCAGCUCCUUAAGUUUAAACUCCAUCAUAAGCACCAGCUAAAUCAGGAGGUAUGUUUUCAGGACUUGGAUCAACUUUAAUGUCAGGAAUGGCAUUUGGUGCAGGAUCUGAAGUAGCUCAUUAAGCUAUAAGAUCAGUUAUGGGAGGAUCAAGUAUAAUUUAACCAUUAUUUCAAUCCUAGGUCAUUCUUAACCUUCUGAAUAACAAACUUAACAAUAAGCUCCCUAAUAAUAAUAAUAAAUUUGUUAAAGUGAAAGUUAAAUGUUUUCUAAUGUAACAUUUCAUCUUAUUUAUUAGUGUUUACAAACCAAUCAAGAUAUCACAAGAUGUCAACCAUAUAUGGAUAUUUUCAAAGAAUGUUAGAAGAAAUAUAAUUUAUGA